UUUGCUUUACCUCCUCGGAUGCAGCUCGAGUUUUAGGAAUGUGUGUCAGAGUUCGGAAGAAUAAGUCGUCUUUCUGUUGCUGUCCUGUCCUCAGAUAGACGGCUGUCUGGGACCAGAGGCUCGGUUUGCACCGCCGUCAGAACCUGAAGGAACACGCUGGCUCCGGUUCCGGUCUUUACUUGGCGCCGUUUAGAACUAACAGGGCUGUUUGGGGUUCGUUUCUGUUGCUUCUCUAUAGUGUAAAACAGAAGGACCUUAUGAGGGUCUCCAUGUGAUGGAAUGAUGCCAGCCCAGGACGGUGUUGGGAGCGACUGCAGCCCUGGAGGCUGAUGACCCCGCCCCAUUGGCCAGCCAGGAUGCACAUAGCCUCGGUGGGCGUCAGUAAGUCCUGCUUUCUGUUCUCUCUUGCUCUCUGCUCCCUCCUGCUGCUGCUCAUCCCGGCCCUCAAGUCGCCCCCCCGCCAGCUGGAGCCGCCUCAGCCCCGACCCCACGCUAAGUCUGUCUCAGCAGAGCAGACUCACCAUGACGACCUACCAGCAGGUACCGCCAGCGCUGGCGGUACCGACAUGGCCACAGGGCUCAGUAGGAGUUCAGAGGUCAUAGGAGCAGCUGCUAGAACUGACGUUCACUCUCCCAAGAGAACUGUGGAAUCAGGGCCUAGGAAUACUGACCAGCUGGAGCUGAAGGACAUUUUCAUCGCAGUGAAGACCACCAGGAAGUACCACAGGUCCAGACUGAAGCUGCUGAUCCAGACCUGGGUGUCCCAAGCCAAGGAACAGACCUACUUCUUCACUGAUGGUGACGACAGGGAGCUGCAGCUGAAGACAGGAACUAACAUCAUCAACACCAACUGCUCAGCUGCUCACAACCGACAGGCUCUGUGCUGCAAGAUGUCUGUGGAGUACGAUAAAUUCAUCGAGUCCCAGAAGAAGUGGUUCUGCCAUGUGGAUGAUGAUAACUAUGUGAUCCUGCCCAGUCUGCUGCGACUGCUGUCCUCAUACCAUCACAGCCAGGACAUCUACCUGGGCCGGCCCAGUCUGGACCAUCCCAUAGAGGCUGCAGAGAGGGUGAAGAGCGACGGAACGGUGUCUGUGAAGUUCUGGUUCGCCACAGGGGGAGCGGGGUUCUGCAUCAGUCGAGGUCUGGCUCUGAAAAUGAGCCCCUGGGCCAGUUUGGGGAACUUCAUCACCACGGCAGAAAAGAUCCGCCUCCCAGAUGACUGCACCAUCGGCUACAUCAUCGAAGCGCUGCUGGAGGUCACACUCACUCACACACACCUGUUCCACUCUCACCUGGAGAACCUGCAGAAGCUGCCCGUUCCCACCGUGCUCCAGCAGGUCACUCUGAGUUAUGGAGGCUUUGAGAACAGAAGAAACGUGGUCAGCAUCGUUGGGGGCUUUUCUCUGACUGAAGACCCCACCAGGUUUAAGACGGUCCACUGCCUUCUGUACCCAGACACUGAGUGGUGUCCAAAGUUAACACCUGGACACACAAACUGAACAUCCUGGAAACAACUCAGCCCAAGUGUUUCAGCAAUAAUUCAAUAUGUCAAAAAUAACUUCCCUGUUCCUGGACUGAUGUCAUGUCAGUGAGGAGAUGGUCCAUCCGCUGUAUUCCUCCUGAUCCGGGAUCCUGGGGACAGCACCCUCAGUAGCCUUCCCCCCCUGCAGCCCCCUGGUCCAGCUCCGCCUGAGGAAUCCCAUGGCGUUCCCAGGCCAGCAGAGAAAUGUAUUCCCAUACCCUGACCUGGGUCUGGUCCAGAGGGACAUGAACACCUCCAGGAGGAAUCCUGACCAGCCAGCUCACCUGGCUCCUGUCUGCUGCUUGUGGACAGUUAGUUAUCUGCUGUUGUUUUGGGUCCACCCUGGUACUAUAGUAGGUACAUAUUUUUAUGCCAUUUUUUCAUAAUUAAGUCAGAUUUUCUGACUAAAUGUUAUAAUCACCUGAUGUCUGUUGCCAAAGCAACCCUUCAACCAGCAGCAGUGUUAACUCGGGGAACCUAAACACCCAAAAAUCUGGGGAUACUUGUUGAUGAUCCACAGACUGGUUCAUUUUUUUACCUUGCUCACAGACGUUUUGAAAAAAUUCCAGUUAUGGAAAAUGUGCAAAUUGUGAGUCAUUAGGCACACCUGGAAAAAAACAACAAUCACCAUUCCAUUUUCUAUCUUCUGGUUUAUUGACCCAAACUAUCAUUUCCACUCUGGGAACCAGACUUGCAGCACUGGAUGGAAGAAUGAGUCAUUAUCACCAUCAAGCCCCGCCGUCUCUCUAGACGAGGAGAGAUGUCUGCAGGGAAAACAUGGAGAGCAGUUUAUAGAUGGAACCUGAUUUUACUCCUUUCCUUUGAUGUGCAACACCUUUCAGUAUUUUCAUUUCCUUAUAAAGACACGAUGUUUCAGUUUAAUACAUUUUUUGCCAUUUGUUUGAAUGUUUUAUUAAAAUGAAGGAAAUGUUUAAGAUUCUUGUAAUAAAUGAGUAAUAGCUUCUCAGAUGUUAAUGGAGCAGAAAAGAAAUGAUCAAAACUCACGGCACUCUUUCAGUCUGUACCUGAUAAAUGCUUUUAUAGACUCAGCCAAAUAUCUUUUCCCAGUUUAUUUCCUCUUUUGCACUCUUGUCACAUGCUUUAUGUUAUCAGCUGUCGUUGAAUAUAGUAUUGCAUAUUGUAUUGAUGUCAAAUUGGAUGAACUAUAUUUUUUAUUUUUGUUUUAUGGUGACGGAGUCGAGACAUAUUUUCACAAUCAAGGUGUAAAAUCUGGACCUGAUGCUAUCAGGAUGAAUAUGGCUCAGAUUGUUAACAUGUACUUGUCUUUUUUUGUGUGUUUGUUUGUUUUUAGUUUUCAUAUACUUGGGUUCUGUGGUGAAGUUAUUGGUCAUCAUCUCACCUGAAGGUGAUUUUCUUCAUCUUAAAAAACCUUCAAAGCUCCAACAUGUCGCUGUGGUUCAUGCAAACACUCAGAACCCUCUAAAACUGUGCUUCCCUUCUCUUUGUGUGUGUGUGUGUGUGUGUGUGUGUGUGUGUGUUCAGGGUGUAGAGGAGCUCACAGGCUUGUUGUUUCUGAGUUUAUCAAAAUCUUUGACAAUAUAAAAGUUUCUCUCUUUGAAGUAGUCUGAAGAAAGGUGAGCUCAUCAGUUUUCCACUCAGUUCAUGAAUUUCCCGUAUCAUAUCACGAUGCAUAUGACCUCUGACUCCUUUGACAUGUCAAACAGAUCAUCUCUGUUUGACAUGUUCCCAUGUUAGGUUUGACAUGGCUGCUUUCAGCUCUUGUGAUGUUUGCAAUUGGUUGCUUGCAUACAGAGACAAUUUAAUAUCACAGGUUGAGAGUUUACAAGGUUUUUUUUUAGUGUUUGAUUGAACCACUGAUGGUGUCAGUUAGAAAUCUUCACUGAUUUGUUAAGACAUUAACUAAAGAGAGAUGAUCUGUUUGAUCAAAGUGAAGAUGUUUACAUGUUAACUGCUGCAGGUAAGAUGAUGACUGCUCAUUACCUCCUACAGAACCCCUCCUCAUGAAAUUUAAAGUGUUGUUAGAGGCAACCUUAGCUUUAUUAAGCAUAAUCAUCAGGAGUUUUUUCUGCUCUAACCCUCUGUUUUCACACUGAGCCUGAUGCUGCCAUGUGUCUCAGAUAACAACCCAUCGUGUGUGUGUGUGUGUUUCUCCUGUGUGUUUGUGUAAAGCAACAGACUACCUCUGCACAGGAAGACUAGAACCCAAAAGCAUGAGUCCCACUGUGGGUCGGUGGGUCAGACUGUUUCUGUUAACUCGUGUUCCUAUAAGCUGCGGGACAAAAUUAAAGCCUUCAUGUUUCAGA